AUGGCACCUUCGAGGUCAUUGGCAUUUGCUGCAGCAGCACUUGGUAGGCGUCUUGCUGCUGCGGCUUCAGGCCGCAUAGGUGCAGCAGCAGCAACAGGCGGCAGCAGCAACAGCAGCAGCAGGCUGCUGGCCUUCAGCAGCCGCUAUCCCAGCUUUUGGCCUAGGCGUCAGAGCCAGCGGCGGCAGCAGCAGCUGCAGCAGCAGCAGCAGCAGCGGCUGGGACAGGCUGGAGCCCCUGCCACGACAUUAGCAGCAGCAGCAGAAGCAGCAGCACCGGCGGCAAGAGCGGAAACUCCAGCAGCAGCGAGCGCAGCAGGAGGCUCUGAUGAGCCAGCAGUUGCUGCUGCAACAGGAACUGCUGCACCAGCAGCAGCACCAGCUGUACCACCAGCUGCAGCAGCAGCAGCAUCAGCAGCAGCAGCAGCUGCUGCUGCUGCCUCUCAUGCUGCAGGUCUGGCUUUGCUGCAACACUACCGGCAGCGCAGCGCUGCAUACUUUGGGCGUCUGCCUGCAACAGCAGCAGCAACAGCAGAAGAGGAAGCAGCAGCAGCAGCAGCAGCAGAAACAGUCUCGAGCCUCCUCAGCUAUGCAAGGGGAUUAUCAGCAGCACCUUUUAUUGUCAGAAUACCAAACACAAAACCACCAGCAGCAGCUGCAGCAGCAGCAGCAGCAGCAACGCCUCCUGCUGCUGGCACCGCGCAGCAGGAAGGCGCACAAGAGCAGCCGCAACUGGAGUUCAUGAACAAAAGGAAUCGGCUGGCCCAAAGAAAGCGGCGCAAGAGACAAGGCGAAAGAGUUUCUUUGAGAUACAGGUAG